CACAGCUUCUUGCUGCUCUCUAGGAAAUCAGCAAGCAGCUUCCUAGAUGGAGGUUUAGCACUGAGAUAACACGAGCACUCCGUGCCGUUCAUUGUGAUUUACAGACACAGGCUCGUGCUUUCCUUGCAUGCUUUAUUGAGCCACGUGUCCGGGCCACCGCUCUGCUGCACGGUGCAGAAGGGAGGUGGGGGAAUCUCUGUCCCUCUCCCCCUUCCUUCCUCCCUCCCUCCCCUCCCUUAACUGCACUGACUCUGGGACUGAGCUCUCUCUGUUGAGAUCUCUCCAAGCACGCCGACGUGCAGCGAGGCGCUGGGGCUCCUUCCCCAACGUCUGAGAAUGUAGCAGGAUCCAAACUGCCUCCGGAGAGCCGCUCCAACAGGUCCUGCUCACCAUGCUGAUUCGCACCUGCUUCUUUUUUGCCUGCCUGCCUGUGGCGAGCCACGUCUGGGGACGAGGGGGGCAAGGGUCAGGCCGGCUGAAACUCACAGUCCUUUCAGAAGACAGGCUCCAGAUGAAAUGGAAAGAAACCGAAGGAAACAUCAAUGGCUACAAAGUGCGGGUAAAGCCCAUGGCAGGGGACUCGGAGCAAGAAGUCAUGCUGAAAACAAAGACUCCCAAAGCCACGGUGGGGGGGCUGAGUCCUACCAAGGAAUACACGCUGCAGGUCUAUGUGCUCAAUGGCUCCCAGGAAGCCUUAUUCGCUAAGCGGAAAUUUGUGAUAGAGGAUCUUAAAAAUGCAUCCCAGUCUAGAAAUAACCGAAGAAACUCAGGAGCUGCACCAGGAAAGAAUCUCACCUCUGUGGGCAGCUCAACAGCGGAGCAGAGCCUGGGGAUGGAGACUGCUCCACCACCCUUGAGCACCAUCCUGACACAUCCAGCAAAGGACAGAGCUGAAAAGAAAAGGCACAAAGGGACUCAGCCCAAGGGCUCAGGAGAAACCACGAGGAGCCAGCCCAGUGUUGGUGUGACACAAACACCAUCACCAACCACAAAGUCAUCCCAGCGUACCACUGCAAACGUGGAGCGAGAGUCUCUAGGAAAAGACAAACCCACAAGGGAUUCACUGAGGAGAGGUUACCAGUUCCAGUGUGACACGUCUGCAAUGACCGAUAUUGUCCUGCUUGUGGAUGGAUCAUGGAGCAUUGGGCGCAACAAUUUCAAGCUCAUUAAGGAGUUCCUGAGCGCUUUGAUUUCCCCAUUCAAUAUUGCCCAAGACAAGAUAAGAGUAGGGCUGUCCCAGUACAGCAGCGAUCCCCGCACAGAGUGGGAUCUGAGUGCUUAUGCUACGAGGGACCAGGUGCUGGAGGCAGUGAGAAACCUGCGCUACAAGGGUGGCAACACCUUCACAGGCCUGGCGCUCACUCAUGUCCUGGAACAAAAUCUGAAACCAGAUGCUGGUGCCCGGCUGGAAGCUGAGAAAUUGGUAAUCCUCCUGACUGAUGGAAAAUCCCAGGAUGAUGCCAACCUGGCUGCUCAGACCUUGAAAAACGUGGGCAUAGAGAUAUUUGCUAUUGGGGUGAAGAACGCAGAUGAGGCUGAGCUGAAGCAGGUGGCCUCAGAGCCACUGGAGCUCACAGUGUACAACGUGCUGGACUUCCCCCUGCUCAGCUCCCUGGUUGGCAGGCUCACCCGGGUCCUCUGCAGCAGGAUCAAGGAGAGGAGCAGCAAGGAGAGUGCAGGUAGAGCUGUGAAAGAUAUCCCUACAAAUACAGGUCCACAGCUGAGCCCAACAGACCUUAAAAUAUCAGCUGUGACUUCUAAAAGCAUGCACUUGGCCUGGAGUCCUCCUCUGAGUCCGCCAAAGAAAUACAGGGUUGUGUACAAUCCAUCGAAGGGCGGCACUCCCAAGGAGGUGCUUCUGGAUGGAGCUGUCUCCUCUCUGUGGCUUUCCAACCUGACCUCGCACACAGAGUACCUGGUGUCAGUGUUUCCCAUUUAUGACACAGCCGUUGGGGAUGGGCUGAGAGGCGUCACCUCCACAUUGCCUCUGUCUGCCCCUCGCUCCCUGCGUGUCUCCGAGCUGAGCCACAACAGCAUCAGGCUGAGCUGGAAGGCAGCCCAGGGAGCCACGCAGUACCUGGUGCUCUGCUCUGCAGCCCCCGACGGAGCAGAGGACUAUACGACAGAGAUGAAGGUGGCUGAGCCUGAGGUCCUGCUGGACGGGCUGUCACCCAGCACUGAGUAUUCCAUUGCAGUAUAUGCGUUGUAUGGGGAAGAUGCCAGUGAUCCAGCCAGUAUCCAGGAAACCACCUUGGCCUUGAGCCCUCCCAGGUACCUGAGCUUUUCAGAGCUUAGCCACUCAUCCGUGCGGGUCAGCUGGGAGCCAGCAUCACUGGCAGUGAAAGGUCAUCGUGUCACCUACGUGUCUAGCAGAGGGAGCAACACUGGGGAGGUUGAGGUUCUUGGCACUGCAAUGUCCGCUGUCCUGAGACCACUGUCCUCCCUCACCCAGUACUUCAUCAGUGUCCGAUCUAUGUAUGAUGAGGGUGACUCCUUUCCAAUCACUGGCAACGUCACCACUUUGAAGGUCCCCCCGCCGCGGGCACUGAAGGUUUCUGAGCUCUCUGAGAACAGCCUCCGGCUGCACUGGGAAGCUGUCGCUGCCUCUGAUGUGGUUGUCUAUCAGAUCAAGUGGAGCACAGCUGGUGGAGAGAAGCCUCAAGAGCUCUCCAUCGCUGGAAAUGUGGCAACUGCCAUCCUGCCUGGCUUGCAGAAGAACACAGACUACAAAAUAUCCAUCUGGGCCUACUACAAAGAUGGUGCUCGAAGUGACACAGUUUCCGUUCAGCACAGAACCACUUCUCGGAGCCCACCCACCAACCUCUUCAUAGACUCUGAGAGCCCCACUAGCCUCCAGAUCCACUGGAAGCCUCCCGAGGGCCGCAUACAGCACUACAGAAUCACCUACAGUCCUGUUUCUGACCCCAGCACCCAGCAAACAAUCAUGGCUUCUGGGAAAAGCAGCAGUGUGACCUUGCAGCCGCUGCUGCCCGAUCGAGCCUACAAGGUGGCAGUUUCUGCUGUCCACUACACAGGAGAGAGUGAGAGCACAACUGCAACGGGUCGGACGGCUCCUGUGAUGUCUAAACUGCCUUCAAUACGAGGAUUUGUUCCAUCUAAGACAGAAGCCUGUCCCCCCAUCAGCUCUUCUGCAGGCUCCGUACGAGGAUUCGAUAUGAUGGAAGCAUUUGGCUUAGUAGAGAAGGAAUAUGCCUCCAUUAAAGGAGUGGCUAUGGAGCCAUUCGUAUUUAGUGGCUCCCGCACCUUCACCCUGUUCAGAGACAUUCAGCUCACCCUGAGGACCAGCGAUGUCCACCUCUUUGCCAUCCCACCCGAGCACACCAUCAGCAUCCUCCUGCGCCUCCUGCCCGACACCCCCAAGGAGCCCUUUGCUGUGUGGCAAAUAACCGACGAGGACUUCCAGCCCCUCCUUGGUGUUAACCUCGACCCCAGUAAGAAAACCUUGACCUAUUUCAAUCAUGACUACAAGGCUGAUUUGCAGGAAGUCUCCUUUGACCAGCAGGAAGUGAAGAAGAUAUUCUAUGGGAGCUUUCAUAAGGUCUUUAUCAAUAAAGGGAGGAAUGUAGCUCACGAUUUCAUCCACUUUGAGACUAUUAUGCCAUCAAUGUGUAUUGUUCAAAGCGAGGAGUGAUUAUAAGUGCUUUGC